GACACAGAGGCGCACACAAACACUUUUUUUUCCAUUCUACACACUCAAGGGCCGUGAAAGUCGCGGUUAGUAAACAGUCAGCCCCGGGGACCUCACUGCCUCCUUGUGUUUGGGGUCACAAGGUUAAUGGAAAGUUAUCGGGACAAACAAGGGCGGGUCGUCUUUGAAAGUACAGUUCACAGAUUAUUUUACCAGGAAACAUUACUACAAUGUCCGUCUCCUAAGACAAGUACAAUAAACAUUAGAAGAUCAUAAUGUCUGAAUGGGAGAAAAUGUCUGCAAGUUAAUGAUAGGACACACGAAGAAGACUUGAAAGAAAGACAGGAACAGGUGGGUUAAUAUGGUCCGUAACCGUCUUCCUCAAUCAAUCUCUGUAUACAAGUGUGUGUGUGUGCUCGCGAGCAGAGAAAACACAUGAGGACAAAGUUGAUGAUUGUGUGCAGGUAACGAUGGCUUUGUUUUAAUCUCGUCUACUUCGCUCACACAUAACAAAUAGUAUAAAACUUUAAUCUGGAUCGUGAAUUAGUUACUCUUCAUGUAAUUACAUAACAGUUUGUGUGGUUCCUUUCAAUUUUGUCCAAUUUCGUUUCAUGAAUUUAAGACACGUGGCUUGCUAACCUCAACAGGUGAGAAAACUGCCUGCACGUGACCCUAAGUACAACUCACCUCACAGGCACGUGCAGACUUUGCGCUUCUCGAGGUCUCGGAAGGUUGACAGCUCGGGGACAAAGUCAGUGAGAAGUACCCUGUGGUCCCGCUACUUGUGAAGUUGAUGCCAUCAGCCAUCGUGAGAGAGUUUAUUGGGACAGCAGGCGACACCACAACAUUCCGCUCCAAGCUUCGCGAGCAGAACCAAACCCUCGGCUACAGAACAGGGAGACGAUGGGCCGCUGCAGCUCCGUGCCGACAGCCUACGUCGUUGCCAUGGUGAUGCUGAUGGCCAGCUUCGCUCUGGCGCUGGCGGGGGUGGCGAGUCCCCUGUGGUGGGAGUCGUGGCCGACACCCCGGGUGAGACUGCGGUGGGGGCUGUGGCAGUGCGCGCCGUCCGACGCCAAGACUAAGUGUGACUCCUUCACUGGAGGCAACGGCGACAGCGUGGUGGUGAUGCUGGGCUGUGUGGGUUCCGUGCUGCAGGUGUCGGUGUGCGUGUGGACGCUGCUGACCUGCUUGAGGAGACCCAGACGCAGCCGCGAAAUCGUCACUGUCGUGGGCGCCAUCUCUGGUGGAGCCUUCGGCCUGAGUUGUGUGAUCCUGUUUGUCGUCGUGCACGGCAUGCGCUCCUACUCCUGGGGUCUGGCCUUGGACAUCGGGGUAGUCUCCUGACACUGUUGGCUGCUGUCGUUGUCCUGUGGAGCCUGCGGAGUUCAAAACUCACGGCAAGCUUGGCCACCCACAAAGUCACAGUAGGCCGCAGCGUUUCCCUGGUCGCCAUCAAAGACACUCAAGUGCAUGUUCCCUCUCUUUCCCUCCUGGUACAUCCUCACCGUCAAGUGCGUCACCAGCAUUGAUGGAGGAUCCAGGUGUCCAGGCUUUUCCCGAAGACAGUCUACAGGCCAGCUUCCUCCCUGUCGCAUCGGGACCAGACCCCUCGGCGACAGGCCCUAUUAGCUAGGGCAAAUGAUACUCAGGUGCGGCGUUACAAUCCUGGCAAAGAUGUGACGUCACUCCUCAGAUCGGAACGUACAGGACCUCAACCCUCCAAAAUGCUCAGCAGACGAGCGUGUGACGUUUUGCGCGUGUUGAUGACGCCACUGCUGUGACGCAUUCAGUGAUGGCCUCCUCCACAGAUCUCAGCCAGACUCAACCGAACUUCAGCUGUCCUUCUCCCACACACGUCACCUACACCACGACGCCUGGCAACCAAAGGCCCAAGAGUCAACGUUGUCACCAAAGCUUCGCCAUGGUCAUCAACUACGUCACACGGCGAUGCAAAGAAAUCAGGGGACGUCACUGGCUGGAGAAACUCACAGCACCACCUAUCGCCCACAAUCCUACUUCUCUCCCCUACAAAGUCUGUUUUCGUUCAAACCUCCAACAAGUGUAAACAAACUCACAACAGAUGAUUUCGCACUCCAGGUUGUUUCUUUUUU